CGUGACCGGCCUGCAGGGGAAGGGGAGGGGUUUACUGUCAGACACGCCCACAGCCUGCUAAGUUGACGUUUCCCUGGGGUCAUGUGACCCGACACACCACAGCCAUGCUGCUUCCGCGGGCGCUGAGCGCGCUGGUCCGGUGUCAUUGCCGCAAUGUCGCCCUCUGGCCCCAGCCUCGCAGACGCCCCCUGCUUGCCCUCAGCGAGCUCCGCCGUGUACGCCCGCGGUCCCUGUGGAGUAGCACACCUCUCUGCGGUGCCAAGAGACCGGGGGGCUGGCAUGGAGGCGAGAGCGGAGGCUGGACCUCCAAUGACGAGGACAUGGACUACGGAGAGGAUGACGAUGACGUCGAGGAUCUCUUAUCCUCUUGUGCCACGCCCCUUCAAGGGACUCAAAAGAUUCUCAUAGUGCACCCUGAAGUAAAGUGGGGCGCAAAGAAGCAGCACUGCACCACCGCUGACUUGCAGGUCGCUGAGGCUGUUGCUCUCGUCCAGAGCAUUCCUAACUGGACGGUUGUGGAUCACUUAAUCAUGUCUACAAAAACCCCCGAUAGUAAAUUCAUCUUCGGCAAAGGGAAUUUUCACUUUCUUACAGAAACCGUUAAAGGAUUUGCUCAGCUCACAGCAGUUUUCUUGAAUGUUGAAAGACUUUCUUCAUUGAGUGAGAAAGAGCUGGAAGCAGCCUGGGGAGUGAAAGUUUUUGACAGAUAUAGUGUGGUCCUAAGUAUUUUCCGCUACAAUGCACGCACAAAAGAAGCCAAAUUACAGAUUUCACUAGCUGAGCUUCCUCUGCUGAGGUCAAAACUUAAAAAUGAAACGGCUCAUAUGGACCAGCAAGGUGGUGGAUCUCGAUAUAUCAUGGGAUCAGGUGAAACCUUCAUGGAGGUUCAGCAAAGGCUUUUAAAAGAAAGAGAACUAAAGAUUAAGAAAGCUUUGGAGAAGGUGAAGAAUAAGAGAAAAAUGCUGAGGACCCAGCGUAGGCGACGAGAGUUUCCAAUUAUUUCUGUAAUGGGCUACACCAACUCUGGAAAAACAACACUGAUAAAAUCACUUACAGGAGAUGCAAGUUUAGAGCCACGUGACCAGCUCUUUGCCACGCUUGAUGUCACCGCACACGGUGGACUACUUCCCUGUCGUAUGCCAGUGAUUUAUGUAGACACUAUUGGAUUUCUUUCUCAACUUCCUCACAAUCUGAUAGACUCUUUCUCUGCCACUCUGGAGGAUGUUGUCCAUUCAGAUUUAUUAAUUCAUGUAAGAGAUAUUAGCCACCCAGAAGCUGACAAUCAGAAGAGAAGCGUGCUUGCUGUUCUGCAGAACUUGAAUGUUCCUCAGAAGCUCCUGGAAUCCAUGAUAGAGGUGCAUAACAAAAUUGAUUUAGUUCCAAUAUUUGACUCCGAUAAUACAGCUAUACAUAUGUCUGCUCUUCUUGGUUAUGGCUUGGACAAGCUGAAACAAUCCAUAGAAAGCACAGUGAUGACAAAUACAGGGAGAAUUAUAAUGACAAUUAGAGUAAACCUGGAAAGUCCUCAGUUAAGCUGGCUGUACAAGGAAGCUUCAGUACAAGAAGUGAAGGUUUUACCAGAAGAAGGAUCAGCUGACGUGCUAGUAAUUAUAACUAGUGCUGUAUAUGGAAAAUACAAGAAACUAUUUAGUAAAUGAUCUCUGAGUAACUAUAUUAUACCUGAUCCUGUAACAGAGCGACGGAGACUCCAGAGAGGACAUCUUGCUAUUUAUUUAAUAUUUGUCUUCAUGAGCAGUCACGACUGAAGAUGCUCCCAAAUACUGCUGAAACAGUAGCACGGAAUAUUAAGAAACUGUCACUGCCUUAAAUAAAAUAUUUUCAUACUAGUGAAUGGUAUCUAUUUUGGCUUGUUGCCCCGACUCAGGUUAUGUUGGUGUUGGGGCUGGGUGAUUAAUCAAAUUCAAUUAA